CCUCGCCGAUCUCUCUCUUUCUCUCUUUCUUCCUGAUCUCCGAUCUCAAUCAAACGCGUCUCGAUUUCUACGCAUUACAAGAACAUCCAAGUCUCUGCUCAUCGUGCUCAAAUUGUAAAUCUUUCGCCUACUUUUUCACGGUAUUGAUUCUGGAUUUUAUCCCUUCUUCCUCUUCUCUUCCGAUUCGGUUGGCUUUUCCUCGGAUUUGAACGAUACCCUUUUGGUGAUUCAAUCUGUUCAUCUCUGGGUUCGCGGCAAAAUGUUGUAUUUGCCUCGAAAAUCACAGCAACUGCUAGGUUACAGCUAGAGAUUGGAUCAUCUCUGUGUAUUGUUAUUAAAAGCUUCUUCUUUUGCAUGAUGGGUUUUAAUGGAAGUGGAAACAUAAGGAGCUAAUGAAAAUAGAUCUUAUAUGGUAACUAACUAGAUUUGCCCUGAACCCAUCUUGUGAUUUCAAAACGCUGGAGAUGCGGUUGAAUCAUUAAGAAACAACAAUGGCUAGUUUCACAAAGAGCUCAUCAUUCAAUAGAAGAGCAUUGACUUCAUUAGCUAUAGAAAGCCCUAGGAGCUCCUCUUCAAGCGCCUUCAAUAGUCCCAUUGGCUCAGCUUUCACAAGCCCGAGAACAACACACAACUUUGGAGGAAGUCCACGCCCCUCUACAACAAACCGGUUAAAAGAGAUCUCGUAUCUGUUUCAGGUGCUUAUCCUCGCCGGAACAAUCGUCUCGUUUCUUAUUAUCAUCGCUGGUGGUUAUUUAUAUGUUGUUCCUAGCCUCGGUCAGGCUUUCCUGGGUUAUAAUGGAGCAUUGCAGUUUAACAGCUCUGUUACGGAUGAUAAAGAAUGUGACAUAUUCGAUGGGAACUGGGUCGUUGAUGAUAACUAUCCAUUGUACAACGCUUCGGAAUGUCCUUUUGUUGAGAAAGGAUUCAACUGCUUAGGGAAUGGGCGUGGACACGAGGAGUAUUUGAAGUGGAGGUGGAAGCCUAAGCACUGUAAUGUCCCGAGAUUCCAAGUGCGUGAUGUGUUGGAGAGGUUAAGAGAUAAAAGGAUAGUUUUCGUGGGAGAUUCGAUGAGCAGAACGCAAUGGGAGUCUUUGAUAUGUAUGUUAAUGACGGGUUUGGAAGAUAAGAGGAGUGUUUAUGAAGUCAAUGGGAACAAUAUAACGAAAAGGAUACGUUUUUUGGGUGUGAGGUUUAGUUCCUUUAAUUUCACAGUCGAGUUCUACAGGUCGGUUUUCUUGGUUCAGCCUGGGAGGUUGCGUUGGCACGCGCCGAAACGUGUGAAGUCGACAUUGAAACUAGACGUUUUAGAUGUGAUUAACCACGAAUGGAGCUCGGCUGAUUUUCUCAUAUUCAACACUGGUCAAUGGUGGGUGCCUGGGAAGCUUUUCGAAACUGGUUGUUACUUUCAGGUUGGAAACUCGUUGAGGCUUGGAAUGUCGAUUCCUGCAGCGUAUAGAUUAGCAUUAGAGACAUGGUCAUCAUGGAUAGAGAGUACAAUUGAUCCAGACAAAACCCGUGUUUUGUUUCGUACAUUUGAGCCAUCGCAUUGGAGUGAUCAUAGAUCAUGCAAUGUGACAAAGUAUCCAGCCCCGGACACUAAAGGGAGAGACAGAAGCAUAUUCACUGAAAUGAUCAAAGAAGUAGUUAAAAACAUGACAGUUCCGGUAUCAAUAUUGGAUGUAACUUCGAUGUCAGCGUUUAGAAGCGAUGGUCAUGUCGGUUUAUGGAGCGAUAACCCGUUGGUACCUGAUUGUAGUCAUUGGUGUCUACCUGGAGUUCCUGAUAUAUGGAAUGAAAUCUUGCUCUUCUUCCUCUUUAGACAGCAAGUUGAGUGAAAUGGAUUAUUGCAGGUUUUUUGCAGCAUAACAAUAGAAAAAUAUAAAGAUUAACGACCCUUGAAGACUGAAUCUCUUGGAGCUGAUUGCUUCGUGGGAGUUAAAGAGAGAGAAAGGGGUCACAGAUUUUG